AAAAAGACAUUUUUUUUCAUCUGGGUAUCUCCUAGAUUGUGCCAUUAACGUAGCUGUCAAUCUUUUAACACGGUUAGUUAGCUGAACUUGGUUUUCUAUUGGGUAAUUUUCCCGCAAUCUUCUUGGAGGCCCCCACCUGAAAUCAGUUGAUGGGUCCAAGGGAGAGAGAGCUCUUGGCGCUUGGAAGUGUCCGAAGUGCAAUUAUUAAAUUUGUCACACGCAAGAAUGUUGUCAUCGAUUUGACCUUAUUUUUGGGUUGGCUUUGUACCUCUUUGGAGCCCAAAUAGCAUCUAUUUGUUUGACUUUAGUUGGUGUCUGGUUCCUGCUUUCCAUGUUGAAGCUUCUUUGUACCUUCCAUUUCUGUGGCGGCCCAUUCUUGACUCCCUAUAUAGUCUCCGCUGCUUCAGCAGUACAGGUUGCUGUAUCUAUAAACGAACUUGGACAUGAAUUUCAAGUGCCUUUGAUUCUGUGGUGAUGUUGAAGAGGCAACUUCCGGAGGAGGAAAGGGAGGGUGGUUCCGGAUUUUCGGCCCGAGGAUCAAGAAGAAGGCUUAACAUAAAGUAGAAUCAUCUUUACUAGGGGCCAUUGCAUUCCAAUUUUAGCGUCUGUGACUGUGAAUCACUAUCCCUGAUUACUUUGCAGUUACUUGAGAAAUGUGACCGGAGGGCUGUCGCCGGAUGAAUUUGCAUCUGUUCUCGAGCCUCUCUUUCGGAAAGUGGAUGAAACUAUUGGUUUGUUAUAUAAGUUCUCUUCAAAUCUAAGUUAUAUUCUGCAUCAAGCAGGUUAGUGAGGAAGUGGAACGUGCAAUCUCGCGCUUUCUUGAUCCAUCGUUGAGGUCAGUGUUCCUUCUAUUUCUGCGUCAACCUCCAAGGUUGAUUGCAAGUUACAGCCAUAUUGAUCUUGCUUCAUGUUAGUAUUUUCAUACCAGACAUGGUCAUCUGGUCUCAAGUUCAAGAUAAGUUGUUUUCUGACAUCAUGUCGACACUUUAACAUCCCUUAUGCACAGGGGAAUUAAUGUAUUUCUAGUCUAUAUCGCAGAGCUCUCUCUAUUCCUGUUGGAACUUCUGAAGAAAGCAGCCUGCGGCUGCAAUUUGUUACCAAGUUACCGGCAACCAUCUUCACUAGCAGUCAGAUAGAAGCCGAGGACGGUACUCCUCUCAUGAUCGAACUAGUAGAUGGCAGGACCAAUCAGAGGGUUACAAGUGGCCCUCUAUCUUCGGUAAAGCUUGAAAUCGUCGUCCUUAACGGCGAUUUCGGGUCAGAAGAGGGAGAGGAUUGGACCGAGAAGGACUUCAGUUGCAAUAUCAUUCGUGAAAGGGAAGGGAAAAGGCCACUGAUAACAGGGGAGCUGACUGUGGUGUUGCAAGGCGGAAUUGGUUGCCUCCGUAAUCUAAUCAUCACCGACAAUUCGAGCUGGAUGCGAAGUCGGAAAUUCAGCUUAGGAGCUCGAGCUGUUCAGAAGGUUUCUGCAGAAGGAAGAAUACGGGAAGCGAGAAGUGAAACUUUCGUUGUUAAAGAUCAUCGAGGAGAGCUGAACAAGAAGCAUCACCCUCCAUCUCUGAGCGACGAAGUGUGGCGUUUAGAGAAAGUAGCCAAAGACGGCGCUCUACACAAGCGCAUGACUUCGAGAAGAAUAAACACUGUUCAAGAUUUCCUCCAGCUCUACGAAGCCGAUGCAUCCUCUCUAAGAAAUAUACUUGGCAAUGGGAUUGCGAACCGGAUAUGGGAGACGAUUGUCAAACAUGCCAGCACCUGUGUGUUCGACAAUAACAAGAUGUACUCUUACUACCCAGCUUCGAACAAGACCAGUAUACUGUUCAAUUCGAUAUUGAAAGUUGUUCAAGCAACACUCGACGGCCAAACUUACCAGUCGCUAGACAAAUUGACCCACUCUCAGAAGAUUUUGGUGCAGAACUUAAAAUGGCAAGCUUACAAUAACAAGAAUCAGUGGGUGCCGCUCGAUGCCCUACCCAGCAUCACUCCUCCGAGAGCCCUGACCAACUUGCAUACAGAGCCAUUAGUCGGCCUGAGCCCACCUCUCCAUCAUCUAGAUUACACAGUGCUAAACCAAGAUAGACCAGAAGUGACUCCUGAAUUCUAUUACUCAUUGGCUUCAGCAUCGCACUGCUACAAUGUCACAGAGGACAGACAAUUUGAUUGUCUGGGGCCACAGAGCCAUGUCACUGCAAAAAUCUUUGACCCCAACAUAGCAAAUAGCUUAGCAAGGCAGGACUGCUCGUCCAGUUUUAGUGCUGGCGAAAGCAGUAAUAAUCCUGCUCACUCACAGGGACCUUUUGCACCGAACAUUAAUUUAUCUCCUGAAGAGCUUUUCAAAGUGCCGUCUCCGAUCCCUGGCAAUUUGAUGUGGACACCCAACCAUACUUUCAUCAUCGAAUCAAGCAGCGGGGCCGAUUUAGGGAUCUGUCCAUCAGGCACGGGCUUCGGCAUCCACAAGUCUAGGAUUUCAAGGCCCAGGGCGGCGUGGUGCAAGAUCCGUGCCAUGGUGAAGUGGGGAUCAGUUCGGCGCAUCGUGGCUGCAAAGAGAGCAGCAAUGUUCAAUUUUCCAAAUUAUUAAGCUGUACAAAUGGAAAGUCCUACACCCCAGGGAGAAUUUUAGGUACUCCAUAUGCACAAGGCUCUCAUCCAGACAAGCUGACCAUCACGAGGUGAAGUAUCAUUACUUAUACAGCGCAAAAAAAAAAAAAAGAAAUUUAUAAUGCUUGACGCCCUAUGAUUGGCUUUAGUGGAUGAGAAUGUCAUGUUUGGGGAGGAUUAAGUUUCUGCAAAGCAUCUAAGGAUAAGAUGCCCUACAUGCAUCAAUUCAGUACUAUGCCUAAGAAUCUAAGGAUAGUGCCUGCUUUGUAUAGAUCAAGCAAGCUGAUCUUAUGAACUACCUCAAUGUGAGGGUACUUCAAGAAUUGUAAGCCUUUUGUUUUUCUUGUUCAAGAAUUGCUUGGCAUUGUGUUUGUCCCAA